AUGAGGAGUGAGUCAAGAAGUCCGGCAGUGCGAGACACAGAGUUUCGAGGUCAUUCAAGAGCAUCUUCAUUUGGUCAGGCAAAAUUCAUGGUUGAUCUUCCUGGCAUUGAACAGAUUUGGUUUCUCAAUGCAGUUGUUUUGUAUCUUUAUAUUUGCUUGAUCAGUUCAUCGACAAAAGAGAGCGAAAUUCCCGCCCAAGUGACUCUCCCUCUUAAGCCUAAGGUUCAGGAUUAUGCUGCUGGGAAAGAGAAGUGCUGUUGUAUUAUCCAGUGGAGGAGGUUAAAUGGAGAGAUGUUUUUUUAUGGAUUGGAGGAUGUUGUUGAAAAGCUUGUUUUUGGAGGAUGCUGUUGAAGCUUAUUUUGGUUUGGAAUUUUUAAAAUUUUGUUGUUUUCUUAUUUGAAUUUUUGAGCAGACUAUUUUGGAAAUUUUGAGCAGAGUGUUUAUAGGGAAGCAAAUUGUAUGGCAGAUUUUUUUGUGCUGAUUUAU